AUCAAUUGAUACUAUUUAAUAUUUAUAGAUAUUUUGUUUAUCAUUUUUGUUUAUAAACAAUUUCAUAUAAUCUAGGGUCUAUGUGAAAUAAAACCACACUAAAAGGGUAUGAAUGAAAAUUACAUCGCGUUCUUUCACACAUCUUGUUGGCACAAAACCAAGAACAGUUGAAUUAGCAGGGAUAUGUGAUAUGCCAUAUAUAUUCCCAAAUUUAACGUAUUCUUUCGAUUCAGAACGACUUUCCUUCAAUUAAAUCAAUUAAACUUCCCUUUUAAAGUGUUAAUGCAUCAACAGAAGCAGGCUGAUUUGAAGAAAAAAGUUCAGAUUCAACAGCUUGUGGAAGGAAGUACAGAAUGUUUUUCAGUUGAAGAAUUGUGAUUCCGAAUCUGGAUCAUAAUUCAUAUAUCAUACCCAUGUGAAAAAUGACUGGGAAAAUUGAAGAAAUCAAAAAGUCCUUUAUUCAUAAAAUUUUGUCAAUGAAGCUGAACAACGGAGACGAAGGAAAAGUAUUGAAAAAUUCUUUUGAUCCCACAGCUAGCAGGAUUGGUGUGUUGGAUUGCACUAACUUACUAAGUGACUCAAUGGCAAUUAGUCAUGAUGUUCAAUCCCUCAGGGUGUUCACAGCAACUUGGAAUGUAGCAGGAAAAUCACCUUCUAGUGAUCUCGAUCUUGAUAACCUUCUACAAAUCAAUUGUCAAUCAGAUAUAUACAUUCUUGGUUUUCAGGAAAUAGUCCCAUUAAACGCUGGAAAUGUGUUAGUAAUAGAAGACAAUGGUUCUGCAGCAAAAUGGCUCUCGUUGAUUAGUCAAUCUCUCAACAAACAAUCUAAUAAAGAUUAUUACGCAUUAAAUAAAACAAAUACAAAUUCCAAUUCUUUUGAAAGAAAAUCUUCGAUGUUCUUGCAAAGAACAUCACUCAAAUCCGCAAGUAGAUCUUUUAGAUCAGAGAGUCGAAGAAGAUUCAAGAGCUGCAAUUGCACCAUUGUUGAGCCUGAAAGAAAGAGUUAUUAUGGAAGGGAUUCAUGUUUCGCAUGUCAAAAGUCAAAGUCAAACAAUUAUGAUGAUCCCUCUUCAUCAGAAGAAGACGAUGCUACCCCUAACAUGGUGGCGGCUGAUGUUACUACCGCUGCACCUCCACCAACUGGAAAGAAUCAACAUUUGAGAUAUUGUCUUAUAAAGAGCAAGCAAAUGGUGGGCAUUUUUGUCACAAUUUGGGUUAAAAAGGAGCUUGUUCCAUAUAUAGGCCACUUGAGAACUUCUUGCAUAAGUCGUGGGAUUUUGGGUUAUCUUGGGAAUAAGGGUUGUAUUUCGGUGAGCAUGACCUUCAAGCAAACAAGCUUUUGCUUUGUAUGUAGUCACUUGGCAUCAGGAGAAAAAGAAGGGGAUGAGCUUCGAAGAAAUUUAGAUGUUAUUGAGAUACUUAAAAGCACACAAUUUCCAAAGAUUUGUAGAACACCCAAUGCUAAGGUGCCAGACAAAAUUUUAGAACAUGACCGAGUCAUUUGGUUAGGUGAUUUAAACUACCGAAUCGCCCUUAGUUACCAUGAAACCAAGAAAUUUUUGGAGCAAAAUGACUGGGAUGCCCUUCUUAAUAAGGAUCAGCUUAAAAUGGAAAGGGAAGCUGGGAGAGAGACACCAUUAAAUCAAAGAGCAAAAGAAGAACACCAGCAUGGUGUGAUAGAAUAUUGUGGUAUGGAGAGGGAAUACAUCAGAAGUCAUAUACACUGUUUUUACAUAAUUAAAGGUAAUAAGAAAACUCUUGAGUUUUGAUUAGCUGAUGGACAGACAUAAAGAAGCAUAAUAAUAAUCAAGUAUUAAGUUUCUCUAACUGUACAUAGAAGCAUUCUUGGAAGUAUAAUAUCAGAAGAAGAAGAAGAAGAAAUGAAGAAAAGAUUGGCUUUUUCCAGUAUCAUCUUUGCAUGAGUUGCAUCUGCAUCUUUUUCAAAGAUUAUGAAGUCAAGAACAAUGGUUUGUUGGAUUAGCCAAAAAAAAAAAAUUUAUCUUUGAUUAUUUAUUACUCUUUAAAUGUUACAAAAAGUAGUUUAUAUAUGACUUUUAGACGAUGGUGAUCCGUUUUGAAAAUGGUAAACGUUCGUAUACAAGAUUUAUAUAGAUAAUUUUAGUGUCAUAUUUUCAAAAUGUUGGAGUAUCACUUGAUGAUGUUUCAUUUCAUGGUAUUGUUGUUGUGUAUUCAGAAAGUAUUUAAAUUGUUUUGGUUAUAUAAUUUCAAAAAUUAUUCUCA